AUGUUGCCGUUUCUGUGCAUUCUUUUGACCGUCGCCUGCAGCUGCUGCGUCUCUGGCCAGGUGCUGUAUCCACCGCAGUACACAAACACUCGAAUUGUGGGUGGCGAGGAGGCACCCGAGGGCGUGGCUCCCUACCAGAUAUCGCUGCAGGGCGCCGCCAGUGGGCAGCACUCCUGUGGCGGUGCCAUCAUCGAUGAGCGCUGGAUCAUCACGGCUGCCCACUGCACGCGGGGCAAGCAGGCGACGGCGUUCCGUGUGCUGGCGGGCACGCAGGAUCUGCAGCAGAAUGCCACAACGUACUACUAUCCGGACAGGAUCGUCGAGCACUGCAACUACGAGUCGCGCAAGUACCGCAACGACAUUGCGCUGCUGCACCUGAACGAGUCGAUUUUGUUCGACAAUGCCACGCAGCCGGUGGAGCUGGAUCACGAGCCACUGGUGCCCGGCUCCCGGCUCCUGCUCACCGGCUGGGGCACUCUCUCGCUGGGCGGCGACGUGCCCACGCGCCUGCAGCGGCUGGAGGUCAAGUAUGUGCCCUACGAGCAGUGUCGCGCCGCUCACGACAACAGCACGCGCGUGGACAUUGGCCAUGUCUGCACCUACAACGACAAGGGACGGGGCGCCUGUCAUGGCGACUCUGGCGGACCCCUGGUCCACAAUGGGCGGCUGGUGGCGCUGGUCAAUUGGGGCAUGCCCUGCGCCCGUGGCUAUCCAGAUGCUCAUGCCUCCAUCGCCUACUAUCACGACUUUAUACGCACUCACCUGAGUCUAUCCGAAGCGGAGAUUGCCGAGGGAAAUCCGGAGGAAAUUAAUGUGCUCAAGAGCAGCAGACAUUGCAGCUGAAAAUGGCAAAGCCUUGAAACAUAUUUUACUGCAUUUAAUAAAGUGAAA